UCAAAUAGCAGUGGGUAAUAUAAUUUCCUUGAUUGAAUAGAAGGUACCUACUGUAGCGACUUAUCGCUUUCCAAUUAUAUUACGCAAACAUAUGCUUUGUUCACGCUCCUUCCUACCCCGCUGUGUAUUAAUGUUGUGAUCAACUCAACUAUGUUCGUCAUUCUGGUACUUUCUUUGAUAAUCUGUACGAAUGCCUUGGAAACACGGAAUAAUACUGAAUCAGAAAUUCAAAGAAUAUUUCAAAGCUACCUCGAGAAAAUACCUGACAUUGAAUCCAAAUACGUCCUUAACGAAGCAUUGUCUAAAUCAAUAUCAAAAUUUUUCAAAGAGAAAAUAAGCGUGUUGCCUUUGUUCAAAAUGUCGGUGAAGAUAGAUCGAACACCUAUAAAGAUACCAUGGACUGUGGAGCAAGGAGCAGUGAACACGAACAAUGUUGGGGAUUCUCACAACAACGCUAAAAUCGAGUACAAAUACGUACGUCGACCAGCCCGUUCACCUGCCACUGGAAAGUUGUUGUCUCUCCCGAAAAUCCAAUAAAAUUAUGUCAAAAUAUAACAAUAACUAUUUUAUCGUA